UGUUGUCACUCGUUUGUUAUUUGUAUUGGCGGUGGUCAAACUACCAGUCUAGCCAUUUCUUCUGCUCAUUCCAUACCCUACUACGAUAAUCAUAUCACUGCAUUUCCUUCACCAUCAUCAUGGCGGCGACCGCCGGCUGCGGCGGAGGAGACUCAAACAAGCUGCUGCUCUACUCCCACUGGAUGAGCUCUUGCACCUGCCGUGUUCGUUUCGCUCUUAAUCUGAAAGGAAUUGAAUACGAGCAGAAAACUCCCUUUAUCCUAGGAGAUCGAUUUGGCCCUGAAUAUUUGAAGAUUAAUCCGAUGGGGUUAGUGCCGGCGUUGGUGGAUGGGGACUUUGUUAUUUCUGAUUCCUUUGCAAUUUUGAUGUAUCUUGAAGACAAGUUUCCCCAGCACCCAUUGCUGCCAAUCGAUCUUCAGAGGAAGGCUAUAAAUUUCCAGGCUGCGAAUAUUAUCUCUGCAAAUAUACAGCCUCUACAAAAUAUAUCUGUAAGCAGGUAUAUUGCUGAAAAGUUUGGUCCAGAUGAGAAACUUCGGUGGACUCAAGCUCAUAUUCUAAAAGGCUUUGAUGCACUUGAAUCACUUCUGAAAGACUAUGCGGGUAAAUAUGCCACAGGAGAUGAACUUUAUCUGGCUGAUGUAUUUUUGGCACCGCAGAUCCACGCUGCAGUCAAGAGAUUCAGUGUCGAUAUGAAUGAGUACCCUCUUCUACUUAAGAUGUACGAGGCAUACAAAGAGCUAAUAGCUUUCCAAGAUGCUAUGCCAGAGAAUCAGCCUGGUGCACCUGCUGAAGCAUGAGCUUGAGGUUGUUUAUCAAAUCUGUGCUUCCGUGAUUAUUAUGUAUUUUCUUGAUGAAUCGUUUGCGUGCAUGGAGCCCGGGGCAGUACAAAUUCAUAGAUUAUCAAUAUUGAGAACUUCAUGUCUUUUCUUAAUAUUUUGCCAUUUCAAAUCUUCUCAAUAAUAAUAGUGUGCCUACACUCUAAUAUGUACAAACAUUUCAUAUAUGAUUUUCAGAAUUAAUAAAGUUCAUAGAUAAGCUUCAACCCA